CGCAGCACUUCCUGAACUCCUUCCGCCUCUCUUGAAGGGCGCUAGCGUGCUACGUGUGAUGGACGCCAUCACCAACUCCGAUUCCGAGUCUGAUGGCUCUCAUGUCUCCGCCACCCCACCCAGGUCCUCCUUUGCUUCUCCAUCUCCAAAAUGUAGGGCUAGGGAUUCGUCCCUACCCAACCCUAAGCGCAGAAUGUCCCAAUCCAGACCAAUAAAGCAUCCCGAAUCCGAUCUCCUGCAUUUUCCUGUUGCAGAUCUUUCCAAUGUUAACGGCAUCUCUGUCAAGAAGAUCCAGCGACCCCUUGAUUCUCGGCGCUCGACUUCCUUCUCUUCUCUUGUCCGAUCCCGUCGCCCCUCUUUUGACCCCUUAUUUGAUGUCUCCAAAGAAGUUGCAAAUGCUGCUCAGCAUGCUACUACGUCCGAUCGCGCUGGGAAUAGGAUCAAUAUGGCAAAGCUUCGCCCUAAUAGGUUAGGCACUCAAAUUCGAUCGGUAACGGCGGCUACUGUGCCGCUGAAACCGCCCAAGAGCGGCAGCGAGGGCAACUUUGUUCGGCUUAACAUCAAUGGUUAUGGGAGAAAAAGGAAGAUUUCAUACUGCUACGGAAAGAAGAAGGCAUUCCCGUGUUCAAGGUCUUGGAGGUUUUGUCGGGGUUCUUCCGAAGAAGAGAAUUUCACUUUGGACGCCUCAAGGAAACAAUCUACAGUCUCAGAAGUUGACGUGGAACUGGCAAUGGCCGCUGUGAAGGACGCUCGAGUUGAGCCUUCUGAUGAAAAUCUGAAGAAGCUUCUUAUGCUUACGCAUGGAUAUGAUUGCUUCCGUGAAGGGCAGCUGGAGGCGAUUAAGUAUGUGAUUUCCGGGGAGUCUGCAAUGUUAGUGCUUCCAACCGGUGCGGGGAAGUCUCUUUGCUAUCAGUUACCUGCGCUGGUCUUACCUGGGGUAGCGUUAGUUGUGAGCCCCCUGAUAGCUUUGAUGGUUGAUCAGCUGAGGCAACUGCCUCCUUUAAUACCGGGUGGUCUUCUAAGCAGCAACCAGACCAGGGAGGAGAGUUUAGAGACUUUGCGAAGGUUGCAUGAAGGGCUGAUAAAGGUGCUAUUUAUCUCCCCUGAGAGAUUAUUGAAUCCAGAGUUUCUGUCAACAUUUGGGGAUGGUCUGCCGAUAUCUUUUGUGGCGAUUGAUGAAGCCCACUGCAUUUCUGAAUGGUCUCACAAUUUUCGGCCUUCAUAUUUGAGGUUGAGGGCAACAUUGUUACGGUCGGUGCUUAAUGUUCAAUGCUUUCUUGCAAUGACUGCAACUGCAACAACCCAGACAUUACAUGGCAUAAUGCGUGCUCUAGAAAUUCCUUCUACAGGUCUUAUCAAGAAAUGCCAAAUUAGGGACAAUCUACAGCUCUUUAUAACCUCAAAUGACGAUAGGCUAAAAGAUUUGUUGAUUCUUAUCAAGUCAAUUUCUAUGAACAACAUGAGAAGUAUCAUCAUCUACUGCAAGUUUCAGAAAGAAACCGAGUUGGUGAACAAAUUUCUUUGUGAUAAUAAUAUCUCUAGUAAGGUUUAUCACAGCAGUAUUCCAUCAAUGGACAGAAUUCGAACUCAGGACCUCUUCUGUUCUAACAAAAUUAGAGUGGUUGUAGCAACUGUGGCGUUUGGCAUGGGCCUUAACAAAAGCGACGUUGAUGCUGUUAUCCAUUAUAGCAUGCCAGAAAGCAUUGAAGAGUAUAUCCAGGAAACUGGACGGGCUGGGAGGGAUGGAAGACAUUCCAUUUGCCAUCUUCUUUUUGAUAACUCUACUUAUUAUAAGCUUCGUAGCCUUUUAUAUAGUGAUGGGGUUGAUGAAUAUCAAAUAAUCAAGCUUCUAUGUCAAAUUUUCGUGAAGGACACUAACUUAGACGAGAGUAUUGGCUACUUAAUUAAAGAAGCCGUAUCAUUUAAAUUUGAUAUUAAAGAAGAGGUUUUAUCGACAGUGCUGACACAAUUGGAGAUUGGUGAUGUGCAGUACAUAAGGUUGCGACCUCAACUCAACGUCACAUGCACGAUGUACUUUCACAAGACAUCACCUGAAGUGCUUUCUAACAAGGAUGCCAUAGUUUCUGCUAUUAUUAAAAAGUCAGAGAAGAAGCAUGGACAUUUUAUUUUUAACAUCCCCACUGUAGUAAAUUAUGCGGGCAUCAUGGUCAAAGAGCUGUUGGAUCACAUGCAGAACCUUAAGCACUUGGGAGAAAUAACAUACGAUCUGAAGGAUCCAGCCUUCUGCUUCUCAGUUGUUAAGAAGCCAAACGAUUUCUAUUCUCUUUCAGCUCAUCUGGCAAAAUUUUUAUCAGAGGUCGAGAAAUGCAAGGUACAGAAGUUAGAUGAAAUGUUGAAUUUGGCACAUUUUGCUUUAAAAGAAUGCAGAGGGCUUGAUGGAUGUUCUGGUUCUGUGCAUACUCCAUGCAUCCAAAAAAGGAUUGUAGAAUACUUUUGCAGGGAUCAUAAUGUUCAUCCAGAGCUCACCUUCUGUAGCCCACAAAGCAGCCCAUAUCUACAUGCGGAUAUUAAGGUGUUCUUACAAGCAAAUUCACAUGCCAAAUUUACACCAAGGGCAGUUGCAAGGAUUUUGCAUGGCAUUCCAAGUCCUGUUUUUCCAUCUGCAACUUGGUCAAAAUGUCAUUUUUGGGGACGCUAUACACACACGGAUUUUUUAGUUGUCAUGAAGGCUGCAACAUUGGAGCUAAUGGAUUUCCUUGAGAGGGGUGAAACCUAAACUUUUUAUUUGUUUGUAAACUGGUGUUCCAUAACCAUGUGAUCAUAGGGAUCUUCGAGUUGAAAGUAUGAACUUCUUUGUGUCUAUAGAAAGCGGUGGUUUUCUUCCCUGCAAGCUUUGUGAUGACCACAAUUAGUUUGGCUUAUUUAUCUUUUAAAGUAUCAUUCUAACUCUGGUGCAAUUUAUUAGAGUUUCUAUCUAUUGGGGGCAGUUCAACAUGUCCUUUGUUUAUUAUUAUGGAACUGAUGAAUUGAAAUCCUUUGCUUAACCACAAAAUCCGAAAGAAUGCACCUUCUCA